ACUGUGCUCCUCAUCGACAUGACGGACGCUGUCUCUGGAGCCAUUGCCACGACUACCGGUGCUGCGGGAGGCCAGACGAGCGGAGCUGGCCCUGUGGCCGGAGCCAGUGGUGACGCUGCAGCGCCGUCGUCGUCGCUGCUGUGGAACGUGGCCAAGGCUGCGGGCGCGGCAGGCGCCGUCCUGGUUGCCGGCGCGUUCUACCUGUGGAAGGCGGCCCAGGCCGAGCGCCGCGAGGCUGUCAACGCCGUGAAGCGCCGCAAGUACAUCAUGAAGUCGCACCGUAAGAAGGCUGAGCGUGGGGCGCAGAACGUGCCGUUCUUCGACGGGGUGGACCUGGUCGACGCGUCGGGAACGCCGGGCUUCCGGGUGACGGCCGACAAGGAGGUGAUUGUGCUGUACAUUGCCGCCGGGUGGUGCCCGCCGUGCCACACGUUUACGCCUCUGCUGACCAAGCUGUACAAUCAAGCGAUCGAGGAGCGGAUGCCUGUCGAGGUGGUCAUGCUCUCGGUGGAUCAGUCCGCCGACGACAUGCUCAAGUACAUGUCCAAGGCCGGGAUGGACUGGCUCGCCGCCGAGUACUCGCAGCGGCCGACGAUCUUCCAGCGUGUGGGCGAGAUCUCGGACAUUCCGACGGUCAUUGUGAUGACUCCCGACGGCCGGAUCCUUGAUCGCGAAGCCCUUGCCCCGCUGGUGCAGGACGGCAUGCUCGCUUUUCACAAGUGGCUCGCCGAGUCGCGCAACGAGGAGUGGGUCGACCCCAACGACCCGGAUGCCAACCAUCCGUACCCGCUCAUGCGCAAGCUGGACGACUUUAAGCUGUGAGGUACAAGGUAGCUCGGGUAAAUGCCAGUAGAUGCCAA